AAUUUUCCAGUUGAUCCCACAGUGUCGCUGCUCACUUGCAGAUAUGAGGCAGAUUUUUUCCUCCACCCACUGCAAGAGGGCAGUAAUCCCAGCCUUAAUACCAUAGCUGCCAUUGUUGAGGAGCAGCGUAGGGUAAUGUUACGAUUGCAUCUCAAGUGUAUAUGAGACAUCAGUAAUUUGCAUGCCCCUGUUUUCCUUCGAGAUAAACAAUGGAGCACAGCGGCAAAUCAUUUCUUAGUUUCAUCUGGGGCUUUGCUGUCUUCGUUCACAUCACAACAGCAGACCUCAGCUAUAGUGUUCCGGAGGAGAUGAAAUCCGGAUCCAUUGUUGGAAAUAUUGCCAAGGAUCUCGGGCUGGAAGGAGGGAAAUUGGUCGCUCGUAAAGCCCGUAUUGAUACCGAGGAAAGCUAUCAGCACUACUACGAUAUUGAUCUAAAAACGGGAAAUUUUGUCAUCAGGGAAAGGAUUGACAGAGAGGAGCUGUGUGGGGAGACGGUGUCGUGUAUGCUUAAAUUUGAGUUGGUCCUCGAGAGCCCUUUGGAGCUGCACCGCAUUUCACUGCUGAUCCAGGAUGUAAACGACAAUGCACCCGUUUUCCCAAAGGAUACAAUUAAACUGGAAAUAAGCGAAUCUGCUGACAAAGGAGCUCGAUAUCGUGUUAACGAAGCACAUGACGCAGACAUCGGAAAGAAUACGGUUAAACAUUACAGUUUACAAAAUAAUGAACACUUUGUUUUAUCUGUUCGAGACGAUACUGAUGGAUCUAGGAACGUCGAGUUGGUGUUAGACAAAGAGCUAGACCGUGAAAAAGAACAUGAUUUAAAUUUCGUGCUUAUUGCUGCUGAUGGUGGAAACCCACAAAGAUCAGGAACUGCCAAUAUACACGUGACUGUGCUGGAUGCUAAUGAUAACGCCCCAGUGUUUGACCAAGCCUUUUACAGAGCCAGUCUACCUGAAAACUCUGCGCUUGAUACUGUAGUUUUCGCAGUAAGUGCCACUGAUGCAGAUGAGGGAGUCAAUGGGGAGGUGAUAUAUGAAUUUAGCCGCAUUUCAGAAAGAGCCAAAAAGCUUUUCUCACUGAACAGUAAAACUGGAGAGAUUAAAGUAAAAGGGACACUUGAUUUCGAGAGUAAUUCUAAAUAUGAAAUGCGAAUCGAUGCCAAAGACGGUUAUGGACUUUCUUCUGAUUCGAAAGUAAUGAUUGAUAUCACUGAUGUAAAUGACAACGCUCCAGUUAUAUAUAUGAAAUCCCUGAUGAACCCCGUAGGGGAGAACGUGUCACCUGGUACAGAGGUGGGCAUCAUUAACGUGCAGGACAGAGACUCUGAGAGUAACGGACAGGUCCGCUGCUCCAUUCAGCAAAACGCCCCCUUUAAGUUGGUUCCUUCUAUUAAAAACUAUUAUUCUCUGGUGACCACAGGACAACUGGACCGUGAACUAGUGUCUGAUUACAACAUUACAAUCACCGCCACUGACGAGGGCUCUCCACCUCUGUCCUCUCUAAAACUGUUCAGUUAUCUGUAGCAGACAUCAACGACAACCCACCGGUGUUUGAGGAACAGUCCUACAGCGCAUAUGUGACUGAAAAUAACAAACCUGGCUCCACUUUAUGUUCCGUUAGUGCUCGAGACCCCGACUGGAGACAAAACGGUACAGUGAUUUAUUCUCUGUU